AUCUCUGCCUCCGCUGCUCGUGGUCCUUAUGGUAUGAACUUCUCCAGCGCCAACAUCGUCUCCAACCCGAUUGCCAACUCUUCUAACUGGACCGGCCCACCUGUCUCGAGCGGUGAUCCAGGCUUUCAACUCGGCGUUGGCGCUGGUAUCCCUGAAAAUGGCUUUAUACAAGUUGCACAGUUGAACUCGGUUCGAGAGGAUCUUCUGUUUGGCACCUACCGCGCUCUGAUCAAGAUGACCUCUGUACCCGGUACCUGCACGUCCUUCUUCUGGUACUACAACGACUCCCAAGAGAUCGACUUCGAGGCCCUGUCGUAUCAAUACAACUUCCAGAACGGCACAUUUCCGAUGAACCUCGUCCUUCAAUCUCAGCAAUCUGCUCGUCAAGGCUUCUCCUCUGCUGCGAGCGGGGACUGGAAAGUUGCCAACCUCCCUUUCGAUCCAACUGACAACUUCCACGAGUACCGCAUUGACUUCGUUCCUGGAAACGUAAUCUACUACGGUGAUGGUCAAGUCCUGGCAAUUAUCAACACGGCUGCGGUUCCUGUCAGCCCCGGACACUUGAUAUUGUCGCAAUGGUCCAACGGUGAUCACGGAUGGUCUGCAGGUCCUCCUCUUCAGAGAGCUGUCAGCACGGUUGGCUACGUAAAGGGCUACUUCAAUUCAUCCGAUCCUGCUCGUCAGUCAGCUGCUUCUAGGCGCUGCAAGGACCCUUCUGCCCCAGGAGCAAUCUGCUCGAUUUCAGACCAACUGAUCGCUCCGGGUUCGCUGUUCUCCGAAUUCUUCGGCGAACAUCCGAACAUGACCAACAAUCAGACGAUCUAUGGCAAGAGCGAG